UGCGUCUCGUCGCAGAGGAUUGUGGGAAGUACCGGUGUCAGAAGAGAAAACGUGGUAAGAGCAAAGCAAAAUAUAUUUCCAACCUGUGUUCGCUGUCAGUGUCACAGAAAUGGAAAUUCAAACGGCGAAGCUAAAACGGUACAUCUGCUCGUUUUCCGGCUGCUCGGCGGCUUAUAACAAACAGUGGAAACUGGACGCUCAUCUUUGUAAACACACGGGGGUGAAACCGUUCACAUGUGAGCACGACGGCUGCGGUAAGUCGUUCUGUAGCCAGUACCACCUGACGCGACAUGAGCUCAUCCACAGCGGUGAGAAGCCCUUCCUGUGCACCGAGGACGGCUGCGAGGAGGCCUUCACCACCAACACCAACCGCGCCAGGCACAUCAGCCGCGCUCACACGCAGCAGCACAAGAAGUACGUGUGCAAGUUUGAGGACUGCGGGCUCGAGUUUAAGAAGAACAAGCAGCUCAAGUCCCACAUGUGUGAGCAGCACACCCAGCUGCCUACGUACAAGUGCACGUUUGAAGGCUGUGAGAAGCGAUUCACCUAUCCCUGCAAGCUGAAGCGGCACGAGAAGGUGCACAGAGGGUACCCCUGCAAGGACGAGGGCUGCAGCUUCACAGGGAAGACCUGGUCCGAGUACAUGAAGCACAGGAAGGGGCAGCACAACAAGGAGAAGCAAAGGCCCAUCCUGAAGUGCAACCAAUGCAGCAAGGUGUUCAGGGACUCCUGGUUCCUGCAGCAGCAUCAGCACGUCCACUCUGACACACGGGUGGUCCUCAAGUGUCCCAGGGACGGCUGUGACCGCUCAUUCACCACGAUAUUCAACCUGCAGAGCCACAUCAACAGCUUCCACGAGGAGCUGCGGCCCUUCGCCUGCACCCACCCCGGCUGCGGGAAGACCUUCGCCAUGAGGCAGAGCCUCCAGCGCCACAGCAUCGCCCACGACCCACAGAAGAAGAAGCUUAAGAGGCCUAGACCCAGCAGGUCUCUUGCUUCCAGGUUGAGCGGUUACAGUGAGUCAAAGAGACUGGUUUUGAAGAAGUGCAGGCAGCCUGAAUCCCUCAGAGAGUCUGCACAAAAGAACACUGAUCCACCUGGUUCUGUUGAGUUGGUGUCCCUCCUGCAGGACACGUCCUUGCUAUGCAGCCCUGCUGUGGACACACAAGAGCUCACUAAUGCUCUGACUACACCUCUCACAAUGUAGACUGCAAUAGAAAGAGUCCUAACCAGCACUUGUUCAUAGCAUUAUGAUGUCUUGCCUCCCCUAACAUGGUUGCUGGAGGUCCUGUUGUUGCAUGAAUUCCGUCCACUGUAGUUUAACAUAUAAAAUGCUAUUUUAUUUUGGACACAGUGUGGUUUGGUAGGCUGGAACCUCACAAAUUAAGCUGUCCCACGAGUAGAUUUAUUUUCAUUUGUGGUCAAAAGAUUUUGAUUAAUGAAGUGAGCACAGGGAGGAUAAAUUUAAGCUUCAAAUUCUGGUGUUCUGUGUCGUCAAUGGUCUAUCUCUGUGUAAAUAUUGUUUUUUUGAGACUUAAUUGUGUUUCUUCAUCCAUUACAUCUUUCUAUUUGUGUAAUUUUAUUGAAAUAUAUUUGUCUAUAUUGUUAAGAAAAUCAUAAAAUGUCAGAAAACAUAUUGCACAGUGUUUAAAUAAAACCUGUUUCUGGACUUA